AGACUCUUACUAUCGACCCUGAAGCACCAUUCUCUCGUAUCUAUUCGAAGAACAGACUACACCACAAGCUAACUCAUCUAUUUUCGUUCUACUCCCUUCUCUCCAGACCAUUCAAUCCACCACUAUCUUACAAUGGCAACCGCAACGAUUGUUCCUCCUCCUCCUCCUACCUACGUGGCUGGAGACUCCCCACCCUCCUAUGAGGAGGUCGCCAACAAAGUCAACCAGCUGGUGGGCAGUGACCCUACGCCCCAGAAGUAUCUGGACGUAGCGACAUCACUCUCUGAAGAGGAGCGGAAAGCUCUCAGCGAUGGAGCCGAGGCCAACAAUCCCAUUAAGACCGAGGAUGAUAAGAGGAAGCUGUCGUUGGGUGCCGCAAAGACCAUGUCCAGGGAGGACACAGUGGCCAAGAUGCAAGAGGACGCGAGUGCUGCCAGCGCGGCAGUCGUGGCGAUUGAUGGCUCGUUCACAGCAUUGCAAGUGAAGAUUGCCGAAAUCGAUCAGCUCGAACAGACAAACUUUCUUGUGCAGUUAAAUGAGAAUAAAUCCAAAUACAACGCUGUGCUCACCACUAGCCGGACUAUGGCAGCUGAAAUCAGUCAGUAUGGCUCCAGCUUCGAUAAGCUUAUUGUUCCGCUAUGUUCUGAUGAAAGUCUAACCGUGGAACUACGAUUGGAACAAAUCAACAAAUUCAUUGAAAGGGCAGAUGGAUUCAGGGAGAAGGGCGAACAGAUUAAUAAGGAUUUCAAUAAUCUAGUCAACGAUUUUAUCUUGUUCAAAGCUCAGUUCGGUCAGUGGGGUAAAGAUAAGCAGGGGGAACUGAGACAGGAUAUAGAGGACCUACUCGCAGAAUUCAAUGACUUGAAUGACAAAUUGGGCAAGCUGCGUAUAUCUCUAUUGGCACUCGGUGUUGGCCUGGGAGCCGGGCUGUCAGCAGCUGGUAUUGGACUUGCCUUGUCGGGGCCUGUUGCUCCAUUUAUCUUGAUCGGUGGUCUUGUUUUCGCCGGAGCCACGGCUGCUGCAGUGGCCGGCAUCGCCAUUUCCAUGGGCAUCAUACAAAAUCAGAUUGAUGAGAAAACCAAGCAGAUCAAAGAUAAAAAUGCCGAAAUCGAUGCUAUUGAUCAAGCUCGAACUGGCUUGGAGACCUUGGGCGAUGAGCAGUUCACUGUGUUCCAGCAGAACGUCAAGGUUCUCCAAAGCUACUGGAACGCAGUGCAGGCCGAUGCAGUAGAGAUCAAAGGUUGGCUGCAAGACGGAGCUAAUCUGGCGAGUGCACCCACCUAUAUGCAGGAUGCGCUCAACGAGGCCGUGUCUAUUUACGCAUCUUUGGGCAAGUAUAUGGAUGCAUAUGCAAAGGGUAUCGUGAUUUGAUCGGACCACAGUGUGUGGUCCAGUUCGUCUGCCAGAAUGCAGGCAGAAUUGUCUAGGGGUUCGAUCAUGACUCCUUUUGCUUCGCAACUUCGAAAGGAAUACGGGGGUAGAACAACGAGAAGCAGCCAGAAUGAUAGGACGGUUCUUCGGGGCGAU